UACAGAUAUGUAAGUGAAAGAGUUUGCUGCAAUAAUUACAAUGGAGCUUCAUGUUCAAAUCCAAAAUGUCGAAUGGGGUAUGGCUCAAACGCUUGCAAUGUCAACAACGAGGGAUAUGUUAAAUACAAAAAUGGUAAUGUUGUCAGAAACAGUGGUGGGGUAUGCAAUGCACCAUUCCAAUGCAGAAACUGUAACACAGGAUAUUAUCCUGUUACCUCGAACAACGGAUAUUGUAAAGCGUGUUACAAGCCUGUAUAUUGCAAUCUACCAGUAUGUACUUCAUCGAGUAACUAUUGGUGUGAGUAUUGUGUAGGUGAAUAUAUAAGAAACAAACCAGGCUAUAACGUUUAUUCAGGGUUACCAAAUAGCAAAGUAUGUCAAAGAGCUUGUUCGUGGGAGAACGGUGCGAGGUGCUUCCCUGGCUCAUGUACUGGUAACAUGAUUCUGAAUAGAGACUGCAAAUGCGCUCGAGGUUUUACAAGCACAAACUGUGCUACAGCAACUGCGGUACCAACAAUAAAGAUAAUGCAUUUCAAGGUGUCCACUCAAGCAAAUGACACACACAUGCUCAUUGUCGAUAAAGCACUCGGUAAAGUUAAAUUUUGGACAAAGUAUACUGAUUUGGCGAAUAUCUCUUAUCAAAUAACGGCGUAUUAUAAACCCGAAAUUGAACAUGCAAAAACGCCAAACUACAUACAUAGUUAUUACAUUGGAAUAGCAGAAGUGAAAGUCGUAUUGACAUUGAUCAGAGAUUCAGCCACGGCAGAUUGGACACGAGAUGUUAGUUGUACGAAUUUUAAUCAAUAUUGUUCGGGCAGCUUAAGAGAUUACCUGAUCAGUAAUAUGCACCGAUGGAAAACAAUAUUAAACAACGGGAAGUUCAAACACGCAGAUAUUAUAAGGUUUCGCGUAUCUGCUAAAAAUGGAGGAAAAGUCAUGUAUCAAGACAGAAAUUCUUUUAAUGCUCCAUAUCAAAUAAGACAUUAUUACCUUAACGGAAAAUCGACAUAUGCAACUCUCGAUCUUGCUUUCGACGAAGUACCACCAACUCAUUGUUUUGAAAACAACAAAACUUGUUCAACGGAUGCACUAAAAGCUGACGAUUUUGUUACUAAGCCAAAUUUGACAGUUUAUUGGUCUGGAUGGUACGAUGUAGAUUCUGGUAUUGACCGGUUUGAAUUUAAUAUCUACUACCUAGAAUCAAUAAACAACGGUCCCCUUCAGUACAGAAAUAUGUUGCCAGCAACCAUUAUAGACACUAAACUGAAUUCGGCGGUACUGAAAUUGGAAGAACCAGGACCUUAUUCUAUAGAAAUGAAGGUGCAUGAUCGUGUAAAGAAUGCUAAAGUUACUAGAAGAAUCAUCAUGUAUGAUAAUGCAUCAGUCGUGGAACUUGUUGGCAAUAAAAGUUGUAGAAUUAUUCAAGCUCAACCUUCAGGAUGGGUCAAUAAGUUCAGCGAUCAAAUAGAAAUAGUUUGGACUGGAAGAUUUAGUAAUAUGAGACAUAACAAUGGAGGGUGGCUGAAUGCAGUUCAAGACUCAGAAAACGUCGCCAAAAUCCUUGAUGAUCAGAAUGCAAGAUCAAUAAGAACCAUUGAAGAAAUGCCAAACGUUUACGGAAUUAUACGAUUUGAAAUUGCCCGGACACAAGAGCUUUUUGGCACAGUAGAUUACAAAACAUUUUAUCGUAUACCUGAUGAUUAUGUUUUACUGGAGAAGAUGGUAUUCACAGAUUUGCAGUUAACUGAUGGCAAGAAGGUGACAUACACUAUUCGUGGAGUGGAUGUAUUUGGAGAAUUCGCAGAAGACAACAGUUCAUUCAAGAUAGAUCUUUCUCCACCAGUUAUAGAACAUGUAUGGCUACGAAAGGGGAAUUUAAUCAAUAUUAGCAUGCAUGACAAGUUAGAUUUGUCAGACCUUAUAAUUGAAUGGGAAACACUUGAUAUACAUAGCGGAAUUAGCGAAGUGUCGUGGACAAUUUUUGAAAAUUUGACAAAUCAUAAUGUCAUUUAUGGACAGUCUUACGAGCAACCACAAGGUGAAACAAAGACUUUAAGCGGAUGUAGAAGAAAGUACAGAUUCCAUUCGGGGGGACCUAAUUGUUACUGCACACCAUAUAAUGGGUGUUUUCACAAACAUUUUUAAAUUAUUCUACCAAAAUCAAGAUGGCUGAAAGAUGUAAUUCUCAAUACAGUAGUUGGAAAGCAUGAUCAUGACUAUUUUAUAGAAGUUACUGCCAAGAACUAUGCUGGGCUAGUAUAUGUUCUACAAAAACGGAUAACUAUCGACAUAUCACCUCCUUCGGAAGGAUAUGUAUAUGAUGGCCAAAAUGGAGAUUCAGAAGUAGAUUUUCAAUCUACUCGGCAACUAACAGGACAUUGGAGCGGAUUUUUUGAUGUAGAAAGUAGUGUUUGGU